UUAAACACUAGGAGGUCGUCAGCAACAAAGACGAAAAUAGAAUGACAUACAUAUCGGAAGGAUGAUUUAACGACUAUAAAUGGGAGUGGUUAUCUACAAUGAAAUCCAAAGAAGUAAACCGCAGCGAUACUGCAUGUGGUCAAGUAAACCAAAACAUGAAAAUAAGUGCACUGGGUAUCUCAAAGUUUACAAAAUAGUUAAAAUAAUCAACGUACUGAGGGACUUCCGGUUUAUGCCUAGUGAACAGAGACCUUCGACGUCAGAAGAGUCAGGAUCGGUAGACAGUUCCUUGUAUUGACUUAUAUACAGUGUUGCUUUGGUGCAGGCUUACAUAUACAUACUUUUUAGCAUAUGAUUUUCAUCAGCAAAAUUAUAAUAAAGAUGAUGCACAGUAACUGUAGUGAACCUGAUUGCAGUUUAUGGUAUAGUCGUCACCAAUCACAGUCUACGUCAUAUGACGAGUUUGGAAGUGGCGCGAAUGUUCCCGAUAACGCCACAAGAACAAACAGACAUGUACCACAGAAUUUACCUUCAGAAGCUCCAGGAGGACAUACAGCAGACAAGGCUCUGAGACUAGCAAGAGAAUACGGCAUCAAUACAUCUAAACCAAAGUACCAGCAAUACGCUGUAAAGGCCACACGCCUCAAUACUUUCGAAAACUGGCCUGCUUUUUUCACUCAGAAGCCAGAAGAAUUGGCAGAUGCUGGGUUCUUUUACUCGGGAAAGAGUGAUGCUGUCUUCUGCUUCUUCUGUGGUCUGGGUUUACAGGAAUGGGAGGAAGGGGACACGCCGUGGGGAGAGCAUGCGCGGUGGUCUCCUGAAUGUGUCUUUGUAAUCAAUGUCAAAGGUCAUGACUUUAUCGAAUUAGAGAAGCUGCGGAACACGAACCCAGAUGAGUAUCUUGCAAGAAGGGAGUUGUACUCCAAAGACGAUCAAUCUCAAGGAAAGUCAAAAAUUGAUACUAUGAAUAGUCCAGCGAUCCAGAGCUUGCUACAGAACGGGUACGAUGAAUCAGUAGUCAAACAAGCAGUUACGUUUUUUCAGAAGCAGAACAGAGAGAAAUCAUUUUCAGCGAAGGAACUUUUAGAAAUAAUAUUUGAUAUUGAAGACAACAAUAUUGUUUGUGAAGAAUUAGAGAAGAAAGACGACCCAGUUGUUCAAACAGACAACCUUGUGAUAAAAGAAAAUGAAGAACUCCGGAAGUCGACAUACUGUCGGAAGUGUUCGACUGGUUUUGCUUCGGUCGUCUUUCUUCCUUGUGGACAUUUGUGUACAUGCACUGACUGUGCACCAUCUAUUAAGCAUUGCUUGUUGUGUGAUCAGUUCAUUAAGGGCACAGUUCGCACUUAUCUGGCUUAGUAUAAUUAUGAAACAUUUGCUUGACAUUUUUUAUUUUGAUAAAGAAAUGGAGAACCUUCUGAAACAGGCGUUUACAUACUGUUCACUUUAAAAUUCUUAUGUUUCUUUUAAAAAAAAAACUAAUUUGCAAAUAAUUAUACGGGGAAAUGUAAUGUAAAUGACUAUGAUACUGUAUUGCACUUAGUGUUGAUGGUCUUUUACGAGGGGUGAUCAAAAAGUUCGCGAACUAUCUCUAUAUCUACAAAACCACAAUUAAUUCAGAUUAGAAUAAAAUUUGGUACACACAUAGCAAGAUAUAUAAAUAACGUAUGCUGUAUAAAGUUGCUCCUUGUUUCUUUUAUGGAAGUAAUUCAAUUAGUUCGCUAAGUUUUUGAUCAUCCCUUGUAUACAUUGUACUACAGAUAGUGUUUACAGACGGUCAUACAUAUACAUUUGUAUAAGAUGGAGUUUUAUUGAUGAACAAGGCAAUGCAUUAUAGACAAAAGGUCAACAUAUACUGCAAUUCCGAUUUAUUUCAGGUAGCAGUAUCUAAUCACUCUCAAAUAGCAUGAUAUGUACUAGUAUUUUGUUUUAACUCCUUACAGCAGAUUUAUAUCUAACUUAAACAAAAUACUCACAAAUUGUCCAAAUUUGUCUACUCCAUAAUUAUUAUAUUCAGAUCCACAUUUACGAAUAUUAAUUUCUGAAGAAAACAGGGAAAAGAGAAAUCCCUUUUAAAUGAUUAUGUCAUUUGUAUUGAUCUUAUUCAUUAGAACUUGUAUAAGUUAUAAU